AUGGUCUCCAAGAAUGACUUCAAAAACCGUGCUAUUUGUCAUACUAACUCUGUGGUGGCUGACAAAGACCAUAUGCUGGCCUUCAACCUGGCUAAGAGCGUAUGUCUGCCCCCUGACAUGGAGCAUCACAAGCAGUUGACCGAGCUCAAGGCCAUCCGGUCGGCAACAAAAUCAAUGAUCCUGGCCAUGCAAAAGAGUCAAAUUGCGCACAAGCGUGUGUUGGAGCUUCGUAAAACAGCAAGGCAAGCCAUGGCCGAAGUUGAAGCAAAAACCACCGAGCUAAAAGACUCCCAACAGAGGACAGCCGAGCUAAAGGCCGAGGUAGCUCGUCUGACCGGACUAGUUACCUCGGCUAAUGCUGACAAACAGAAGGCACUGAUCGUGAUGAAGGAUAGGUACCUUCGCGAGCUAGUCAAGCUCGAAGGAAAGAAAAAUGCAGAGAUUGCCGAGCUAACUAAGAAGGUAAAUGAUGAAAAUACUGCAGGUUUCAAGGAGGGGGAGGCCCUUUACUGCAACAAUUUUCUACAAGGUUCAGAUGAUGAUGAAGACACUGAGACCAAUAAUACCCCGGUCGUCAAUGAUCAAGCCAACGAUCAAUCAGCUCGGUUGGAGCCAACGGUUGAGGACCUGACGACUGAAACCGUGCUUCCAAUAGACACCGAGCUCCCAACCGUGACCGAUCUACCGUCUGAAACCGGUCUUCGUGUUGAUAUUGAUGCUGAUCUUGAUGAUCUGUUCAACUGA